AUGUUUCAUACAAAUGAUACAUAUUCGGAUGAAAUUGAAAAUGAAAAUCAAACAAUUGAAUCAGUUCAUCAAUUAGGUGAAAAUAAAAAAUUGAAAAAUGAAAAUGAAAAUAAUUUAGAAGAAUUAUUAAUAAAAUCUCGUCAAUUAAAAUCUUCGAAAUCUCUUCGUUUAAUUGAUGAACAAAUUGAAAAUAUUUCAACAAAAAAAAAUUCAACAAUUCAAUCUCUUAUAUUAUCAUGUAAUUUAUUAGAUAAAAAUCAACAAAUUGAUUGGACAAAAUUACCAAAACAUGUUCAUCAUUUAGAAUUAUCAGGAAAUUUUGUAAAAUCUCUUAAUGGAAUUGAAAAUAAUAAUAAUAAUGAUUUGAAAAGUAUUGGUCUAUCAUUUAAUGAAAUAACGGAAGUUGAUCAAAUAUUUUCACUUCCGAAAUGGUCAAAUAUAUGUUUAAUUGAUUUAAGUUAUAAUAUUUUAAAUGAUUUAACAAAAACAAUUGAAUCAUUACAAAAUUUAAAUAAACUUCGUAUACUUUAUUUACAUGGAAAUCCAAUAUCAUUAAUAAUUGAUUAUCGUUUAUAUGUUAUUGAUUCUCUUGAAAAAUUACUUGUUCUUGAUGAUAUAACAAUAACUGCAGAAGAAAGAUUUCGUGCAAGACAUUUUUCAAAUUCUGAUCAACAUCCAAAAGAUUAUGCAAAAUUUACAAUUACAUUUGGAACGGUUUCAAAUAUUCCAAAUCCACCAAUUAAUCAAAAUGAAUGGCCAUUACAAAUUCAUCGUUAUAAACUACGUCUUGAUUGGUUUGAUGGAGAAAAACAAGAUAUCGAUAUACCUUUUGAUAAAUUUGCAGAUUUUAAUCGAUUUAAUCAAAUACAAAUUGAAUCUUCACAUUCAGAUUAUAAACCAAAUAUUGAUUUUUCACCAAAUCAUUUAGAUUAUUCAAUAAAUACACUUAUUCCAUUUCGAGAUUUUCUUUUUCAUGGAACAACGUGUCGUUUUAUUCAUGAAAUGACUGAAUAUUGGCAACCUGGAGAAAUAAUUGAAGAAAAAUCUGGAAAAAAGAAAUCAAAUGCAAAAGAAGAAAAAAAAGUUGAAGCUCCAGUAAAAAAAAAGAAGCCUGAAGAUUUAAGUAAAUUAGUUACUCGAACUGAUCCAAUUGAAGAAAUAUUUGCAGAAUUUCAUGUUGAACUUCGAUCAAUUCUUGAUGGAGAUUAUCAAGUAUCAUUUCCAUAUAAAUGUCUUAUUCAACAACAAAUUGAUUUAAAUACUCUACAAAAUCUUCCAAUAAAACCAAAUAAAAAAGAUAAUAAAAAAACAGAUUCAUCACAAGACAAAAAUAAAGAGAAACAAAAAGCUCAAACAAAUGAACCAAUUCCACUACCACAACCAUUUCAAUGUUCAGUUCAUUUUCAAUUACAUAGAAUUCUUUCCGAAUAA